AAAUGCACGGACGGUCUUCUUGGCUUUGGCCUUGCUAUUCUGAAUAAAGCAUUUGGGGGUCGGUGCUCGGUGCUCUUUUAUCUGCAAAAGUAAAAAAUUGCACCCCAGCUAGCAGCUAACUCAUACCCAGAAGAAGAUAAUGGAAACUGUGAGAUAUUGAAUAAACGCUGGAACACACUUUAUGAAAGUCUUGAAAGCUGAAGACUCCAGCUUCCUUUGCUCGGCAGUUUCAACUCCUUCCUCCCUUUUUGUCUUUUAACGUAAUCAUUCACAGAAUCAGACAAACAUCCACCGUCCCUACACACUCUCUCUCACCCAUGCAUGAUUUCCUGCACACCUUUCGUAGCUGUUCACGCUUUUCCCAUUAAAACGUAGAGUUUCUAAAGCUUCUCACUAACCUGAUCGCUAUCUGAUCUUUCUCUCUGGGAUUGAUCAGGAACGUAACCAAGGAAGAUGAAGACGACGUUUAAGAAAAUCACUACUCAGGUGAUUGUUGCACUUCUGGGUUUAUGUCACGUUUUCGCGGUAGCUGUAGAGAAGAGUUCCGAUGCACAGAGAUCGACAUACAUUGUUCACAUGGCCAAAUCCGAAAUGCCGGCGAGUUUCGAGCACCACUCGCACUGGUACGACUCGUCACUCAAAUCGGUGUCUGACACAGCCGAAAUGAUAUACACCUACGAAAAUGUAAUACACGGCUUCUCCACAAGACUAACGGCCGAGGAAGCCCUUUUGCUCGGAAGCCAACCCGGAAUUCUGUCCGUGUUGCCUGAGUUGACAUACGAGCUUCACACGACUCGGACCCCUGAGUUCCUUGGGCUCGAGAAAAGCGACAGUAUGAUCCCUGAAGCCAACUUAGCGAGUGAGGUCGUUGUCGGAGUCUUAGACACCGGUGUUUGGCCUGAGAGCAAGAGCUUCGACGACAGCGGGUUCGGACCCGUACCAAGUAGCUGGAAAGGCGCGUGCGAAACGGGUACCAAUUUCACCUCCUCGAACUGCAAUCGAAAAUUAAUCGGCGCAAGGUACUUCUCUAAAGGCUACGAGGCAGCACUAGGUCCUAUCGAUGAAAGCAAGGAGUCCAGAUCUCCCAGAGACGACGACGGCCAUGGCACUCAUACUUCAACCACGGCAGCCGGGUCGUUAGUGGAAGAAGCAAACCUAUUCGGUUACGCGCCAGGGACGGCGCGAGGGAUGGCCACGCAUGCGAGAGUCGCUGCAUACAAGGUCUGCUGGAUUGGAGGCUGUUUUAGCUCCGAUAUCUUAGCCGCCAUGGACAAGGCCAUUGAAGACAAUGUGAACGUCCUCUCCAUGUCGCUCGGUGGUGGCAUGUCAGAUUAUUUCAAAGACAGUGUCGCAAUCGGAGCAUUUUCGGCAAUGGAGAAGGGAAUCCUUGUCUCUUGCUCUGCCGGAAACGCGGGUCCCACUCCAUCCAGUCUAUCCAACCAGGCGCCGUGGAUCACAACCGUAGGAGCUGGAACUCUGGAUCGCGAUUUCCCGGCAUACGUCAGCCUCGGUAACGGCAAAAAUUAUUCCGGCGUUUCGCUCUACCGAGGAAACUCUUUGCCCGAGACUUUAACACCGUUUAUAUACGCUGGUAACGCGAGCAAUUCUACCAGCGGUAACUUGUGCAUGAUGGGUACGUUGGCACCCGAAAAAGUCGCGGGCAAGAUCGUGUUAUGUGACCGAGGCGUGAACGCCAGGGUUCAGAAAGGAGCUGUGGUGAAAGCAGCAGGUGGCGCCGGCAUGGUCUUGGCCAACACCGCCACGAACGGAGAAGAAUUGGUCGCUGAUGCUCAUCUUUUGCCGGCGACUUCGGUGGGUGAGAGGUCCGGCAACGCAAUAAAAAAUUACCUCUUUUCGGAUCCUAAACCAACGGUGACGAUUCUGUUUGAAGGAACCAAGAUUGGGAUUCAGCCUUCUCCGGUGAUCGCAGCAUUUAGUUCGAGGGGGCCAAAUUCGAUCACGCCGGAGAUACUGAAGCCGGACAUCAUCGCACCGGGUGUCAACAUCUUAGCAGGAUGGUCCGGAAGGGUGGGCCCAACUGGUUUGUCCAUUGAUACCAGACGUGUGGCGUUCAACAUUAUCUCAGGCACAUCAAUGUCUUGCCCACACGUGAGUGGACUCGCGGCGCUUGUCAAGGCGGCUCACCUGGACUGGAGCCCCGCGGCUAUUCGGUCAGCCCUCAUGACCACGGCGUACACGGCCUACAAGAAGAACGGCCAGAGCUUACUCGACGUUUCCACCGGAAAGCCGGCCACACCGUACGAUUACGGCGCCGGCCACGUGAAUCCGAUAGCAGCUCUCAAUCCAGGACUCGUCUACGAUCUGGCGGCGGAGGAUUACCUAAACUUCGUCUGUGCCUUGAAUUACACCGAGUCCCAGAUCAACAGUCUAGCGAGGAGGAAAUUCACAUGCGACACCAGUAAGAAAUACAGUUUGAACGAUUUUAAUUACCCUUCUUUUAGUGUGGUUUUUAGCAGUGGCCGGUCGAGCGUGGUCAAGCACACGCGAACUCUUACGAAUGUGGGCUCACCGGGGACGUAUAAAGUGUCUGCAACUUCGGAUAACCCCUCAGUUAAGAUCAGCGUGGAGCCAGACUCGUUGAAUUUCAGUGAAACCAACGAGAAGAAAGUCUAUGCUGUGACAUUCACUGCCACGGGUUCGUCGUCGAGUACGGAUAGCUUCGGUCGUCUGGAGUGGACGGACGGGAAGCACACAGUGGCAAGUCCUAUAGCGAUCACCUGGAGUAUUAAUGGUUAAUAAUUUGGAGUAUGAAAAAGUGAUGGGACAAGGUGGCCUGAAUUUAUCGCACACUAAAAGUGGGGUGUGAUAAUUUGAUUUCCUUAUUUAUAUGUUUUUAUUAAAAUGCUUUUAAUGCCAUUGUUUAUCAGCUAAUUACAAUGGAACCUGGAUUAGGUGUUUGAUGUUGCUCUCUGAGAGAGAAAAUUUAACAUGGGAAAGCCCAUGGAAUGAAGGAUGAUUUCUUUCUUGGUGUACA